UCUCCACCUUUCUCCCUGUCUGUCGUUGAGGGUUUCAAAGGAUAUCAACCGGGCCUGAGAUAGGCUACUCAUAAGCAUUUAAGGUCAAUUAAUCAGGAGGAGAAUGGAUCCAGUUUGAGCAUCUUGACUGAUAAGUUGCCGAGUGUGAUCCUGUAACCAUGGCGACCUGUGGGCGUGGUUGCGUCCCAGCAGUGCGUUUCUGCCAAAGGCUGAACCGACUGAAGACCCUGGAUGAUGAUUUGAUGGUGACAUCAAUGAAGCGCUGCCUGACCAUGGUGGACCUGGCCCUGCUGGGUGUUGGGGGCAUGGUGGGCUCUGGUCUCUACGUCCUGACAGGCACUGUGGCCAAGGACACCGCGGGACCUGCCGUGGUCCUCUCCUUCCUCAUAGCAGGCAUCGCCUCCCUGAUGGCCGCCCUCUGCUAUGCUGAGUUCGGGGCUCGCGUGCCCAGAACGGGCUCAGCCUACAUGUUCACCUAUGUUUCUUGUGGAGAAAUAUGGGCCUUUCUCAUUGGCUGGAACGUAGUGUUGGAGUACAUGAUUGGUGGGGCCGCGGUGGCGCGGGCGUGGAGUGGUUACCUGGACUCCAUGUUUAACCACACUAUCCAGAACUACACAGAGAACCACAUAAUGAAGUGGAAUGUUCCCUAUAUCGCCCACUACCCUGACCUGCUGGCCGCCGGGAUUCUAGUGGUUGCCACCAUCUUCAUAACUUUCGGAGUGCGAGUCUCUUCUUGGCUCAACCACAUCUUCUCCGCUGUUAGUCUGGUUGUCAUACUCUUCAUCUUGGUGUUUGGCUUCGUGCUGGCCGAUCCAGUCAACUGGAGCCAGAAAGAAGGAGGUUUUGCACCGUUCGGUGUGUCUGGGGUUAUGGCAGGCACAGCCACCUGCUUUUACGCAUUUGUUGGCUUCGAUGUGAUUGCAGCCUCCAGCGAGGAGGCAAAGAACCCCCAGCGAGCCAUUCCUAUGGCCACAGCCAUCUCCUUGUGCAUGGCAGCCACAGCCUACAUCCUGGUCUCCACUGUCCUCACUCUCAUGGUGCCCUGGCACUCCCUCGAUCCCAACUCCGCUCUGUCUGACGCCUUCUUCCGCCGAGGCUACAGCUGGGCUGGCUACAUCGUGGCAGUAGGGUCCAUCUGUGCCAUGAACACAGUGCUCCUCAGCAACCUCUUCUCCCUCCCUCGGAUUGUUUACGCUAUGGCGGAGGAUGGCCUCUUCUUCGCCUUCUUCGCCAAGGUCAACCCUGUCACCAAGGUCCCUGUGAAUGCCAUAUUGGUGUUUGGCCUCCUCAUGGCCGUCAUGGCCCUCAUCUUUGACCUGGAGGCCCUGGUCCAGUUCCUGUCCAUCGGCACCCUCCUGGCCUACACCUUUGUGGCAGCCAGUGUCAUUGUGCUGCGCUUCCAGCCUGAGAAGGAGAAGACCAGUUCCAAGGCUAACUCCACUACCUCCCCUAACACCAACUACAACCCAGAGCCCUCACCCGAAGCCUCCGAGUCCCAGAUCAUAGCUCAGGACAGCGGGGAGCUGAAGGAGUAUGAGUCCUUCUCAGACAAGCUACAGCUGGUGGAGAUGCAGAAGACCAGGGAACGCAGCGCCCCAGGGGUGUUGAAGGCCCGCUGGGAGCCCUACCUGGGCAGGUUGCUAGGGGACUUUGAGCCGGGGGAGGUGGUGGCCUUCUCUGUGCUGGCGGUGAUGGUGAGCUCUGUGUCCCUCUGUGCCGUUUUUGUGUUUGGGAGUAACCAGCUGCAGCUGCCUACGUGGAGCUUCGCCGUGCUAAUAGUGGUGUUUGGCUCAACCUUCCUCCUCAGCCUGGUCGUCAUAUAUGCCCAUGAACCACAUAUCAACACCAAAACCUUCCAGGUACCCUUGGUCCCAUUCAUCCCUGGUGCAAGCAUCCUCAUGAAUGUGUUCCUAAUGCUGAAGCUCAGCCCCAUGACCUGGAUCCGCUUUACCGUAUGGGUGGCUGCAGGUCUACUGGUGUAUUUUGGCUAUGGGAUAUGGCACAGUAAGGAGGGCCUGAGGGAGCUGCAGCCCAAGGACAUGGCUGCCAGGUACGUGGUGCUCCCUAGUGGCAGCCUGGUAGAGACAGUCCAGUCAGUGCAGCCGAACGGACAUGGGGACGCCAGCGCCCUCCACACCACCCCCUCCCCCGCCCAGUCUGCUGAAGAGCAGCAGGCAAAGAGAUGAUGUGUAGGAACUAGGAAGGGAGCCAUCUUUAUUUCAGUGGGCCGUUUAUCAUCUAUCUGCUCCUACUCAUACAUUACCUCACUCUCUUCUCCUCUGACUUCCCUCUCGUGACUGGCCUCAUACAAUCAGUGUGUACUGCCACAAGGCUGUGUUUCUCUGCGUUAGUAAGUACACAUCACACAAUGAGAUUUACGCUCUCUCAUUAUGAAACAUAUUUAUAUUUAUUUUUACAUAUUGUAUCUCUUAAUAUGGGAACAUAGUAAUAAAGCUAUCUAGCAUUGUUUAGGAUAUUGCUAUUGGUUAUAAUCACUGUAUUUAAAAACAAAAUGGUAGAUAAACCAGCACAGGUGUUAUUUCCUUGUUAGCAUUUCUCUCAACUCCUCAAUUGAUCUGCUUUUUAAUGUCUCUCAGUCACUCACAAUUUAAUGUGUUUGGUAGUAGGAUGGUGCUUUUGGUCAUAGCAUACAUUGAGUCAUGUUGAUAAGCUGCAUUUUUCGUUUUGUAAGCACUGGAAUGAAUGGACCUUUGUUUAGACACACCCAUGUACAAACACAUAUUCACAUUUGCUUUCUCUCUCUCACACACACACACACACACACACACACACACACACACACACACACACACACACACACACACACACACACACACACACACAAGCAUUAUUCUUGCCUGAGGAGAGACUAGGUUCUGUCAGUGGGUCAUGUGGGUCCACUUACAACCCCUGGGACCACCUCAAAAUCAUUUACAUACAUUUUCUAUUUUAAUGAUUAUUUCGGACUUGUUUCAUGUAGUUUCUGAGCUGUGAAACAGUCUAUUUUAUCAUUUUAAUUUUGCAUUUCACUGAUGGCAUAUCACACACAUAUUAUGUUCUGUUUUGGGAUGUUUUUGUACCUCGCUUCGUAUCAUAAUGACCCGACUCCACUUGUUAAUGUUCUCUGUCUCCAUCACAUGAGAUUGUCACUCUCUUCUUCUAAGGCGGAGUAGGCCUUUCAACCUCUCGCUUAAUCCACUGACUCCCAUCCAAUGACCUCACUCACUCUUAUGUGUCCCAGAUUUUGCAAUCAACCUAAUAUCUACUGAGAAGGGUUAUUCCCCCAAUGCACAAGAACUAGACAGCGACCCAUUCCCCUUCUGUGUGCUAGCAUGAGAUUAGUUUAUACAACCAUCUAAUAUAAAAGCACCUGGAUUAUUUUAGCUAUGGUUUUGUUCUCAUUUCUCCUCAUACACAACAGUGAUAAUGCGAGACGAGAGUUAUAAACAUGUGUUUUAAUAUAUGCUUUUUGUAAGGCAAGCACAAACCCAGUUCAUGAUGUACCUGAACAGGAUAUUUGGUGCUGCUGUUUAGAAGCAUAUUAACAAACAGGGAUUGAGUGUUUUGUCAGACUAUGCCAGCCAUAGGACAUCUCUUAUCCUCAUGAGACCUCUGUAAUCCGACAGAUUUGCAGCAGUCCCUGCGGUUGACCAAUAGCUUGAUCUAGAUUACAUACACGCACAGAUCACUCUCACUCGCAGUGAUUACACUGACCUCCUCAGAGAGGGAUUGCACUCUCACACCCAGUUACUCACUACCCUGUCUGAUAGCACAGUGUUUCGAGAGGGCAGUAAGAUGUCAUGACAAUGUAACAUUGUCUCAACGUGAUAAUCAUAACAUUCCCAGUCAAGUCCUGAGAACGGAUUAUUUUGUUACCUAUAAGGUGUAUAUUUGUCUGUUUGUCACAUUUGGAGAUUGCGGUAAAACGUCUACCAUUUAUCUGUAUAAUAAUAAUGUAACUACAACAUUGCCUUGAUGUUAUUAGCGUUUUCUAUAUAUCACAGUCCUUAGAAUGAUGAAAAAUAAGCAGGAGUCCCUCACUACCGGCUACCAAGCUCACACGUGUCUGUAGCUCACCUUAGUGUUGUACUCACAAAUAUGUUUGUUUUGUCUCUUAUUUAUCACUAUUUAUUAGUUAUUGUAAACAUACAUUUGUUUAUGUAAAUAUAUGACACAAGCAACCAAUGGCCUUAAAGAUGUUUUCAUGAGUACAGAAUGAUUCCCAAAGCUUACGUGAAAUCUAAACAACUUUAGUUGUUCAUGCAGCUUUUCACCUCUAUCCAAGUAGUUUACCCUGUUAUAAUCUCAGUAUUUAUUCAUAGGAUAUUAUAUUGUAAACUACUAUAUUCCAUUCAAUUGAUUUCAACAACAGAUGCAGCCUUUGAAUUAAUCAAAUGUUGGUGGAUGUGGGAUAACAAAAUAUUAAAUGGAUUUUUGUACAACUUUGCACAUAGUUUAAGAUUUGAACUGCAAACGACUGUCUGUGUCUCUCUACCAGCGUGUCUCUGUUUUUCCUGCGUGGGCAAGUGACAGGUGUUGGCACUAUGGUGCUUUUGGCAAGCUGAACAUUUCCUCACCUCGAUGAGUUACGCUCUCUGUCUUGUGUGUCAGUAAGCACAAUGCGCUAUGGGCUCUGACUGUACCUAUGUACUCUGUACUUACACAUUCAAAUUCUAAGUAUUUUUUGUUGUAUAAAGUCUAAAAGAAGCUGUGUUAUUUCGUGACAAAUAAAUGUUUUGAAGCAGCA